AUGGAAGAUUUGCUACUGAAAUGUGACGUCCACAGAGAAGAGAAACUUAAAAUGUUUUGUCAGGACCACCGUCAGGUAUGUUGCACUGAUUGUGUUAUACUGAAUCAUAGACAGUUCACAAAUGUGUCUCUAAUUUCUGAGUCAGUCAAGAACCUAUCAUUAGAUAUGCAAAGGUUGUCAAACAAUCUCCAAACUAUUGAUGAUGAACUAAAUGAGUUCAGGAGUAAACAAGAGGCCAGCAUUCAGUCCUUGGAGGUAUCAUGCACUCAAAAACUACAAGAAGUACAAGAGCUGCGAAAGAAGAUAAAUGCGUGUUUGAAGGCACUAGAAAAUACAACUUUGAAUGUACUGGGUGACAUCCGGACUACAUUACAAACCUCCCUCAAGAAAGAUGUUGACAACAGCAGCAGACUAAAGGAUGACCUGCAAACACUCAGCAAAGCUGUAAAUGGCCUUUGUCAUAAGAGCAAGAAAGAAAUUGAGUUCAUAGCCAACAGAAAAUGUCUGGACAAAAUACAAGAGAUUCAGUCAUAUCUAAAGGAGAACAUUGUAAAGGUGCAGAGUUCAUUAAAAUUCCAAGCAAACACUGACAUUGAGCAGUACCUGUCGAAACAGUCUAGUCUAGGGUGGAUUGUAGAGAUGGCGAGGUCAUAG